CGGGUCAUGACGUCCCCGCCGGGGUCCGCCCCACCCGCCGCCGCCGCCAGCGCCGGGCCCGGGACGGGCCAUGGGCCACGCGCUCUGCGCCUGCGCGCGGGGCAGCCUGAGCAUCGAGGGGCAGCGCUACCUGCUGCUGCAGCGCCUGGGGGAGGGGGGCUUCAGCUACGUGGACUUGGUGGAGGGGCUGCAGGACGGCCGUUUCUACGCCCUGAAGCGCAUCCUGUGCCAUGACAAGGAGGACCGCCGGGAAGCCCUGCACGAGGUGGAGAUGCACGGCCUCUUCGAGCACCCCAACAUCCUGCGGCUCGAGGCCCACUGCAUGGUGGAGAAAGGGCCCAAGCACGAGGCCUGGCUGCUGCUGCCCUUUCUCAGGAGAGGGACCCUGUGGAGCGAGGUGGAAGCUCUGCGAGACAAAGGCACCUUCCUGCCCGAGGAGCGGAUUGUCCCCAUUCUCCUUGGCAUCUGCCGGGGGCUGGAGGCCAUUCAUGGCAAGGGCUAUGCACACAGAGACCUGAAGCCCACCAACGUGCUGCUGGACGACGAGGAGCAGCCCGUGCUGAUGGACCUGGGCUCCAUGAACCAGGCCCGCAUCGAGGUCAAGAGCUCCCGGGAGGCCAUGGCUUUGCAGGACUGGGCAGCCCAGCGCUGCACCAUCUCCUACCGGGCACCAGAGCUCUUCACCGUGGAGAGUCACUGCGUCAUCGAUGAGCGAACAGACAUCUGGUCCCUAGGCUGCGUGCUGUACUGCAUGAUGUUCGGCGAGGGCCCCUAUGACCUCAUCUUCCAGAAGGGUGACAGCGUGGCUCUGGCCGUGCAGAACCAGCUCCGCGUGCCGGCCAGCGGCAGGUACUCCGCUGCCCUGGAGCACCUGCUCUCCUCCAUGAUGGCAGUGAACCCUCAGGACCGGCCCCACGCCUCCCACAUACUUGACCAGCUGGAGGGGCUGCAGCCAGCAGCAAGGGGCCAGGACACCACCCGGAUCUGAGCCCUGCCCAGCUCUGUAGCCCCAGGGACUGGUGCGUGUUGGGUGGGGGGCUGCUGCCCUGCCCCUGGGACAGGGUCACGGAACUGCUUUUAAAAGGGAAUUUUAAGGUGAAAAAACAAACCCAGCCCUGUGGUGCUAAGUCCUCCCCGCAGUGCCAGGCUGGCCCAUGCCCCACUCCUAGGAACUCAGCCAGGGCACACGCCCGGAGCAGGAGGGGGCCCUGCCCCUGCCCGAGUUCCAUGUGGCUGGGGAGGGGGAAGAUGGUGCCAGCACUUCCCCUUCCCCAGGGCUGCCUCCAGCAAGAGGGGCCUUCACAGCAUUUCCUUGGCCAUGGGGAGAACUGGGCUCUGCCUGGCCCCACCCCAGGCCCAGCCUUCCCCCUCCCUCAGGGCUGCUGCCACCUCCUCCUGCUGGAAGGGAGGUGGGGCCCAGCCUGUGCCCCCCCAGGGGUUGUCUGUUCAGUAAAGUGUGUGCAGAGAACA